AUGGCUAUCCCAGCUACCCGGCGCGCAGGAGAAGGACACAAUCGCCGUUCAGCGGUCCUGGAGAUCAAUUCCGAUCGUCCAUUGACCAGACCUACUUCGUCAAGGUCUUUGAGGUCUUCACUGGGGGUCAGAGCACACUCCAUCAGUCAUAAACGGCAUCAUUCUCGGCAGCAGUAUAUUCGGAGUUUCAAGCCUUACCACGAGGAUCGAGCACCGUUCCAACGUCGCCACCCUGAUGACUUCAGUGCAGAGUCUCGACUUCCCGCAUUUCAUAAAGACAAUAUAAUUGACCCGGAUUUAGCCCAGUAUCUUUCAGAUGAUGCCUCGAGUGGUGAUGAUCAACCUAACCUACUAUCCGCUGUUUCGGAAAGCAAUUUGUCCAAGAGCGGUGGGGACACCGAGAGGGCAGCUACCUUGGGUGGUUUUCUUGCUGCGAUGAAAAAGGGUAGAUCUGCGUUUGGGGAUCGAAGCGUUGCCAGUGUCAAUCAAUCAGGCCGUGAUCCAGACGAAGCCAGCUUGAGCAGUUCAAGAGCUGUCAAUUUACCUCGCUCCUCCCGGCGGCGCAAUCUGAGCGUUGCUAGCAGCGUUCAUCAACGUGGCUCCCCAAGGGCAUCUAAAGAUAGUGUGUUCCCACACGAUCUACCGCUAGCAGGUGUUCCUUUCCCUAUUAGCUCGAACCAGACCGGAUUCAAAAUGACGCGAAGUUCAUCCAUGAGAGGGACCGGCGCACCCCCGGUGGAGCUGAAUAAAGCUAGCUUAGAGCAUGUUCGGAGGCUUCUACGCCAACUACUCCUUGAGGCGUUUAUUCCAAACAAUGAAAGCUGGGAAAACGCCCUUAUGCCAAUUCUUUUGAAGGCAGCUGAUGAAGUCGACCCGGAUGUUCAACAUGGAGAUGAUAUGGAUAUUCGACAUUACGUCAAAUUGAAAAAGAUUCCCGGUGGCCGACCUGGCGAUACCUCGUACGUAUCUGGGCUUGUCUUUAGCAAGAAUCUUGCUUUGAAGAGCAUGUCAAGAAGUAUUCCCCGACCGAACAUCCUGAUCAUUACAUUCCCUCUCGAGUAUGCCCGUCAACAACAGCAUUUCAUGAGUCUUGAGCCUGUCAUCCGGCAAGAGCGUGAAUUCCUUGAGAACCUUGUCAGCCGAAUCGCUGCUUUGCGACCGAAUUUGCUUCUUGUUGAGACCAACGUCUCGGGUCUGGCUCUCGGACUCCUUGAACAGGCAGGCAUUGCCACUGCAUAUAACGUGAAACCAUCAGUCCUUGAGGCAGUUUCAAGAUGUACCCAAACCCGAAUUGUGACAUCCAUGGACAAACUCUUGACUACUGCUCUGCAUAGCGAUUGUGGCAGCUUUGAUGUCAAGACGUAUGUUCAUUCUGGGCGGAAGAAAACAUACAUGUAUGUCUCCGGUUGCCCCAAAGAGCUUGGAUGCACAAUUGUUCUACGCGGUGGAGAUGAGGAAGUCCUUACGAAAGUCAAGCAAAUCACAGAAUUCAUGGUUUAUGUCGUCUACAACCUUCGGCUUGAAACAAACUUGAUGCGCGACGAAUUUGCAAAGCUGCCGUCAUCAAUCACUGAUACCACUAUUGUCUCUGAUGGGGCGAAAAAGAAUGCUGUUUCGGCAGGUACCGAUAACGGCCUGGGCUCUACUCAUCCUGGAGUCUCGAAUGAUAAAGUUCCAGAGGAUUCGGAAAGCAAGCCGACAACAGUGCCUGAAACUAUGGAGGUCCCUGACGACAUCCCUAUGCCAACCUACUAUGACAAUAUGGUUCAUGAUCAUCAAACAAAAAUCCUUUCUGCGUCGCCAUUUGUUAAAUUUGAGCCCCCAUAUUUGCUCAUGCGAACUAGAGAGAUGGAGCGCCGACUGGCUUACCUCAAGAGGCUCCGUGACCAGGACUACCCCGACCAAACUGACGAGGAGAAAAGAAAGCCUCAAAAAUUCAUCCUUAUAACGCCUGAAAUGGUACACGAGUCUCCCAAUGAUGCCACGCCAAAGGUCAAAGAGGUCCUUCGCGCGGCCCAUGAUGCAGAGUAUGAUCGCGCACUAUAUCACUACCAAACUCAGAAACGACAGUGGGAAGCCUACGUCUCUGGGAACUCUAACAUGUUCGACCCGUACGCUCAUCAGAACAUCGUUGUCCUCUACAGCCUUGUUUGUACGACUACAUCAAUCCCCUGUUCGGGUCCCGAUACCUUCGCUUUGGAAUUCUACAACGAGCAUGGCGAUGACACAAUAUUCGAGCCAGAUUGCACGGUUGGUCAGUACGUUGAAGACCUCUGCCACACAGCAAACGCUAUAUGCACGGCGAAUGGAUGCGAGAAGCGCAUGUUUGAGCAUCACCGUCAAUAUGUCCACGGCGAUGCACAGAUUAGUGUCCUGGUGCAACCUUACCCUUCAAAGCUUCGGGGGCUGCAAGAUACGGUGCUUAUGUGGAGCGCCUGCAAGAUCUGUGGCAAUGAAACUCAAGUCACACCAAUGUCUGAAAACACUUGGAAAUACUCAUUCGGUAAAUAUCUGGAGGUUUCCUUCUGGGGCAGAAAUUUGCACGCUCGUGCUGGUGUGUGUCCCCAUGACCUCCAGCGAGACCAUCUGCGCUACUUUGGUUUCAAGGAUGUUGCCAUUCGCAUUCAGUAUGACACGAUCCAUCUCUUGGAGAUUGUUGUCCCCCGACCUCGUGUUACAUGGAAAGUCGAUAAUGACCUGAGGCUGAGAAACACUCUAUAUACUGAGCUUGCAGAGCGUCUCAAUAAGUUCAUGAGAUCUGUUCACGCGCGUUUGAAGGGCAUCAAUGUCGAAAGUGUGUUACCGGAGCUAUUGGAUGAUUGCAAGAAAGAGAUUGACAGUCUAGUCAAGAAGGCCACUGAUGACCAUACUGCUUUGACUUGGCGGUUACAGGAAAAGUACACAAGCUCGCGCUAUUGGGAGGUUAUCCCAUUAAAUGAAGUUCUACGUGCCGUGCAAGAGAAGGUCGUUGAGUGGGAUACCAUCUUCGCAGAUUUCGAAAAGAAUUUCUUUCCGUCGGAGAAAGAUAUCAAGAGACUGGCAACAUUGCAACUCAAGAAAAUUUUCCUUGACAAAGACGCGACCAGUGUGGCUCCCGAUGAUGCGAUUCAUACUCCAAUCGAUGUGGAGGAUGGGGGCACUCGGGAAAACGCGAAACCGCGGACGAUACGACGCAUGACGCUUUCUCCUGAAAAAACUCAAAAUGUGUUGGUCUCCGUCGUUGAAGAACAUGCUGGGAAAAAGCACCGAGAAGAACCAGCUGAAAUUGUCGAGUUGCCCGAACUUCCUACCACUCAUGAGGAAUCGGCGCUUGCGGUUGAUGCUAUCAAUGGCAAAAAGGCCUCUCCUCAAGAUGAGGCUGUUGCGAAGGAAGAGGUGCGACAUCUUGAUUUGGCUGUUCCUUCAAGUCAGUCAGAGCGAGUGCCAGAUCCUGCUAACCCUCUGACUCGGCCCCUUUCCAACGAAGACACAUCCCCGGUUCCUGUUGGUGACGAUCACUCCAAGGAUAUUGUGCAGCCAUCGCCCCCUAAAGUUGAGGCGGCCUUCCCAGAGAGUGGAGUCAAAUCAAAAGAGGAGGAUGUUACGGGUUUACCAAGCACUCCGCCAAGCAAUCGACCUUCUGCAAUUCCCAGACUUACUGAAGGUGCUUUCCGACAGUCUGGCAAAGCCCAAUCUCCUCCUUUAAAACGGGCUCAGUCUCAACCGGCACACAUUAUCAGAGAGAAAUCCAUUGGUUUAAAACUCGGCCCGUCGCUCUCGACAGAAUCGGAAAGCUCGCGUGGGGAUUCGACCAAGGCAUCCGAGAAAAAAUUCACGGAUCGUCUAGGAUUGACGGCUCUCAAAAGUGGACGGUUUUCUCCGGGACACUCUCUUAUCCCAAGAUCCACCCCCAAGCGAGGAAGCUCUCGUGUCUCAAAUCUCGCCAGGCAUUUUGAGCAACUUAGCCGUGAAUUCGAGAAAGAGAGACAACGUGAAAGGCGGCAACGAGCUGCUCGCGGUCCCUUUUCCCGUCAAUUUCCCCUCCCAUCCUCAAAACCUAUUGUGGAGGUUUAUAGGAAUGUAAAGGAAGCCGUGGAAGAACGGGAGCCUCCUGUCGAUGGUGAAGAUUCUCCUCCAGUCCCGCAGCUGCCAUCGGAUGAGUCGAAUCGGAAGAGCGACGAGUUCACGAGUCAAGUAGAGCGUGAAGAACAAAAGUCUCCGGUUCAAGAGCCGCAUUCAGAACGCAUCACUCGCCCCGAUUCUCGGCUCUUAUCCGAUGGAGAGCGGAGUGACGAGGAGCGAAUCACGGCUGAAGAUCUUCACCCUGUCGACUCACAGGAAGAGACCAAACUAUUGCCAGAUGAUGAUUCGAUUGAUUUCAAAGAUCUGCCCAAACAUGAGCGGACAACUCUCCUGAAAAUGUUGACAAAUUUCUGGUCUGAGAGAUCUGCCAGUGGCUGGGCGGCCCUAGAUUAUCCACUGAGUGUGGGGGACCAUGUCUUCGCCGACUGUGAUAUCAUUGUGCGAGAAGAUGAGCCCAGCUCGUUAAUCGCGUUUGCUCUGGAUUCUUCUGACUACAAGGAGAAGCUGGCCAGCAUUCAAGAACGCUGCGACGAACUAGAAGGCCAUCUCCCAGAACUCGAGCAUGACAGGGAAGCCGCGAAUGAAGCUCGUUUGGAACAUGCGCUCUUGCGUCAGACCGGGACCCAUCUCAAAUACCAGUUCCAAGAAGGUCAAGCAAAGAUGUUGUGCAAGGUGUUCUACGCUGAGCAAUUCGAAGCCCUCCGGAAAAAAUGCGGUGUGGCCGAUCGCAUAGUAGAGUCUUUGUCUCGGUGCAUGAAGUGGGACUCAAAGGGAGGGAAGACCAAAUCUAUUUUCCUCAAGACUCUUGACGAUCGAUUUGUCCUUAAGUCUCUGGCCCCAGUUGAAACCCAAGCAUUCCUCAAAUUUGCUCCGGCUUACUUUCAGAUAAUGUCUGAAGCGCUAUUUCAUGACUUGCCAUCUGCCAUCGCAAAAAUGUUUGGCUUUUACCAAAUCAUUAUAAAGAACCCGGUGACAGGUGCAGAGAGCAAUUGGUUUUUGCUAUUGAUGGAGAACCUCUUCUAUGAUCGGGUGCCUAGCCGACUUUUUGACCUGAAAGGCUCAAUGCGAAAUCGCAAAGUGGAAAGCACUGGCGAACGGGAUGAGGUUCUGCUGGACGAGAACAUGGUUGAUUUCAUUUAUGAGACACCGUUGUUCGCACGAGAACACUCCAAGAAGCUACUGGGACAAAGCGUGUGGAACGACACCCUGUUCUUAGGUCGCCAGAAUGUCAUGGACUAUUCAUUAAUGAUCGCUAUCGAUGAAAAGCGCAGCGAAUUGGUGGUGGGGAUAAUUGACUGCAUCCGGACGUACACCUGGGAUAAAAAGCUUGAGUCCUGGAUCAAAGACCGAGGGUUUGCUGGAGGUGGUCGCAACCGUCCAACUGUGACCAGUCCAAAGGAGUACAAGAGUCGAUUUCGGGAGGCCAUGGCAAGAUAUGUUCUUCAGGCCCCGAGGUAUGUUAAAUGGUCCUGCUUUAUUGCCUAA